AUGGAUUUAACUAACGCUAACUUUGAAAUUAUGGCCAGCUGGAACCUAACAUGGGCUGCCGCAAUAAAGAACGACAACCUCCUGUGCACGAUAUCACUAGGACAUACACCCACAGGUUUUGAUCUAACACUACGCAAACUGUGGUGCACACUUAAUAGAGUCAUAACUUAUGGUAGAUGUGCAGAUUCCUUGUACAAAUGGGGCUUAGAAAAUUCACCAGAAUGUGAUUGCGGUGAAGACCAUUAA